AUGAGCACCAACGAGGAGCGUUUCCGGCUCACGAGCGAGAAGAUGCGUCCGCUUCUGGCCUUGGCGCGGGAGGCGCUGGGGGACGGGUCCCCCCUCAUGGCGGGCGAGGGGGCCCAUUACCCGGCGCAGCUGGCGAAAAAGCAUGAGAACAUCGUGGGUGUCAAGCUCACAUGCGAGAGCGUGGCCAAGAUUACACGGCUGGCGGCCGAGUUCCCGCCAGAGAGGUUCGCCGUGUUUGGAGAGCAGAGUGACUUCUUGAUCGGAGGUCUUGCGGUGGGCAGCGCUGGGUGUAUCGCUGCCUUUGCGAACGUGUUCCCCAAGACGGUCGUGGAGGUAUACAAUCUGUACAAGGCGGGCAAAACGCAGGAGGCGCUGGAGUUACACAGGAAGGCGGCGUUGGCAGAGCAGGCGUUGAAGAGCGGGGGCAUUGCCGCAACCAAGUAUGCUGCUAGUGUGUUUACCGCGCCUCUGGCUGGUGUGGAAGAUGCCGAGAACAGGAUGGUGCCCAGAAGGCCAUACCUGCCGCCUGGGGAGGAGGCGAAGAGGAAGAUUAAGGAGGCGUUGGCCGAGGUUGCUGAGAUUGAGAAGGGCAUCGUGAGGUAG